CCCGGCUACUCCAACCCCUGGGCGGGCGGGGGUACCGCCUGGGCAAGGGCCGGGGCGCCGGGCCGAGCCACCUCUCCCCCUCCCCCGCUUCCCUGUCGUGCUCCGCUGGCUGGACGCGCUGGAGGAGUGGAGCAGCAUCCGGCUGGCCCUGGGGGCUGACAGUCGGCAAAGUUUGGCCCGAAGAGGAAGUGGUCUUAAACCCCGGCAGGUGGCGACGAGGCCAGGCCAGGGGCGCUCGCGGCCUGCGGGCGGGCUGUAGGCGAGGACGCGCCCCAGUGCCGAGACCCGGGACUUCAGGAGCCGGCCCCGGGAGAGAGAGUGCGGCGGCGGCCGGAGAAAACAACUCCAAAGUUGGCGAAAGGCACCGCCCCUACUCCCGGGCUGCCGCCGCCUCCCCGCCCCCAGCCCUGGCAUCCAGAGCACGGGUCGAGCCCGGGCCAUGGAGCCCCCUUGGGGAGGCGGCACCGGGGAGCCUGGGCGCCCGGGGCUCCGCCGCGACCCCAUCGGGUAGACCACAGAAGCUGCGGGACGCUUCCGGCACCUCUGGACAGCCCAGGAUGCUGUCGGCCACCCUCUUCCUCCUCCUCCUCCUCCUUGGGGGCGCUCUGGCCCAUCCAGACCGGAUUAUUUUUCCAAAUCAUGCUUGUGAGGACCCCCCAGCAGUGCUCUUAGAAGUGCAGGGCACCUUACAGAGGCCCCUGGUCCGGGACAGCCGCACCUCCCCCGCCAACUGCACCUGGCUCAUCCUGGGCAGCAAGGAACAGACUGUCACCAUCAGGUUCCAGAAGCUACACCUGGCCUGUGGCUCAGAGCGCUUAACCCUACACUCCCCUCUCCAGCCACUGAUCUCCCUGUGUGAGGCACCUCCCAGCCCUCUGCAGCUGCCCGGGGGCAACGUCACCAUCACUUACAGCUAUGCCGGGGCCAGAGCACCCAUUGGCCAGGGCUUCCUGCUCUCCUACAGCCAAGAUUGGCUGAUGUGCCUGCAGGAAGAGUUUCAGUGCCUGAACCACCGUUGUGUAUCUGCUGUCCAGCGCUGUGAUGGGAUUGAUGCCUGUGGCGACGGCUCUGAUGAAGCAGGUUGCAGCUCAGACCCCUUCCCUGGCCUGACCCCAAGACCCGUCCCCUCCCUGCCUUGCAAUCUCACCUUGGAGGACUUCUAUGGGGUCUUCUCCUCCCCUGGAUAUACACACCUUGCCUCAGUCUCCCACCCCCAGUCCUGCCAUUGGCUGCUGGACCCCCAUGAUGGCCGGCGGCUGGCUGUGCGCUUCACAGCCCUGGACUUGGGCUUUGGAGAUGCAGUGCAUGUGUAUGAUGGCCCUGGGCCCCCUGAGAGCUCCCGACUACUGCGUAGUCUCACCCACUUCAGCAAUGGCAAGGCUGUCACUGUGGAGACACUGUCUGGCCAGGCUGUUGUGUCCUACCACACAGUUGCUUGGAGCAAUGGUCGUGGCUUCAAUGCCACCUACCAUGUGCGGGGCUACUGCUUGCCUUGGGACAGACCCUGUGGCUUAGGCUCUGGCCUGGGGGCUGGCGAAGGCCUAGGUGAGCGCUGCUACAGUGAGGCACAGCGCUGUGAUGGCUCAUGGGACUGUGCUGACGGCACAGAUGAGGAGGACUGCCCAGGCUGCCCACCCGGACACUUCCCUUGCGGGGCCGCUGGCACCUCUGGUGCCACAGCCUGCUACCUGCCUGCUGACCGCUGCAACUACCAGACUUUCUGUGCUGACGGAGCAGACGAGAGACGCUGUCGGCAUUGCCAGCCUGGCAAUUUCCGAUGCCGGGACGAGAAGUGCGUGUAUGAGACAUGGGUAUGCGAUGGGCAGCCAGACUGUGCGGACGGCAGUGAUGAGUGGGACUGCUCCUAUGUUCUGCCCCGCAAGGUCAUUACAGCUGCAGUCAUUGGCAGCCUAGUGUGCGGCCUGCUCCUGGUCAUCGCCCUGGGCUGCACCUGCAAGCUCUAUGCCAUUCGCACCCAGGAGUACAGCAUUUUUGCCCCCCUCUCCCGGAUGGAGGCUGAGAUUGUGCAGCAGCAGGCACCCCCUUCCUACGGGCAGCUCAUUGCCCAGGGUGCCAUCCCACCUGUAGAAGACUUUCCUACAGAGAAUCCUAAUGAUAACUCAGUGCUGGGCAACCUGCGUUCUCUGCUACAGAUCUUACGCCAGGAUAUGAGUCCAGGAGGUGGCCCAGGUGCCCGCCGUCGUCAGCGGGGCCGCAUGAUGCGACGCCUGGUACGCCGCCUCCGCCGCUGGGGCUUGCUCCCUCGAACCAACACCCCAGCUCGGGCCUCUGAGGCCAGAUCCCAGGUCACACCUUCCGCUGCUCCCCUUGAGGCCCUAGAUGAUGGCACAGGUCCAGCCCGUGAGGGCGGGGCAGUGGGUGGGCAAGAUGGGGAGCAGGCACCCCCACUGCCCAUCAAGGCUCCCCUCCCGUCUAUUAGCACGUCUCCAGCCCCCACUACUGUCCCUGAAGCCCCAGGGCCACUGCCCUCACUGCCCCUAGAGCCAUCACUAUUGUCUGGAGUGGUGCAGGCCCUGCGAGGCCGCCUGUUGCCCAGCCUGGGGCCCCCAGGACCAACCCGGAGUCCCCCUGGACCCCACACAGCAGUCCUGGCCCCGGAAGAUGAAGACGAUGUGCUACUGGUGCCACUGGCUGAGCCGGGGGUGUGGGUAGCUGAGGCAGAGGAUGAGCCACUGCUUACCUGAGAGGACAUGGGGGUUCUACUGGGGCCUCUCCCCUGGGGGCUCUACUCAUAGUGGCACAACCUUUUAGAGGUGGGUCAGCCUCCCCUCCACCACUUCCUUCCCUGUCCCUGGAUUUCAGGGACUUGGUGGGCCUCCCAUUGACCCUAUGUAGCUGCUAUAAAGUUAGGUGUCCCUCAGGCAGGGAGAGGGCUCACAGAGUCUCCUCUGUACAUGGCCAUGGCCAGAAACCCCAGUCCCUUCACCACUACCUGCUCCCCACGCCACCACCAUUUGGGUGGCUGUUUUUAAAAAGUAAAGUUCUUAGAGGAUCAUAGGUGUGGACACUCCAUCCUUGCCAAACCUCUACCCAAAAGUGGCCUUAAGCAUUGGAAUGCCAAUUAACUAGAGACCCUCCAGCCCCAAGGGGAGGAUUUGGGCAGAACCUGAGGUUUUGCCAUCCACAAUCCCUCCUACAGGGCCUGGCUUACAAAAAGAGUGCAACAAAUGCUUCUGUUCCAUAGCUAUGGCAUUGCUCAGUAAGUUGAGGUCAAAAAUAAAGGAAUCAUACAUCUCAAAA